GCACCUCUCUGGCUUCAGAGGCAUGGGUGUGUGCGUUGCUGUGCGCUCGGUGCUGGAUGCCAGCGAAAUCACUGCAGCAGCAUGGAGACGUGAGGAAACAGCGCCGCCGGGCAGGAGAGUCUUUUCAGCGCCUUUUUCUCUUACUGCAGCACAAUUACAAACUUUACCUCCUCUGCAUAUUUGAUCAAAGGCAAUGGAAGUCGUUCCUAGAUUUUUGUUUGUUUGUCUUUGCGUUCCUCUGGCGGCUGAUUGGGAGACUGUGGACGCAACUUUUACUGACCUCGGGGACGAAAUCGACUACAAGGAUCCAUGUAAAGCUGCUGCCUUUUUGGGAGACAUCGCACUGGAUGAAGACGACCUCCGCUUAUUCAAAGGAGGUGAUGAUGCACAGCACGCAGUCCAGAGCAACCACACAAACUCAGCUAACAGUUCAACUUCCAGUGAAAACAGAAGGAGUGAGAGGGCUGCUGACAGACGCAGCCUCCGUCGACAGAGAAGAGCAGCCACCGCCAGACCUGAGCGAGUAUGGCCUGAUGGUAUCAUCCCCUACGUGAUCAGCGGAAAUUUCAGUGGCAGUCAGCGAGCCAUUUUCCGUCAGGCGAUGCGUCACUGGGAGAAACACAUUUGUGUAACGUUCACAGAGAGGGCGACUGAAGAAAGCUACAUUGUUUUCACUUACAGACCUUGUGGGUGUUGCUCCUAUGUGGGGAGGAGAGGUGGCGGUCCUCAGGCUAUCUCUAUAGGAAAAAACUGUGAUAAGUUUGGCAUCGUUGUGCAUGAACUCGGCCACGUCAUUGGCUUCUGGCAUGAACACACACGUCCAGACCGUGAUGAGCAUGUAAGCAUCAUCAGAGACAACAUUCAACAAGGGCAGGAGUAUAACUUCCUGAAGAUGGAACCAGGGGAGGUCGACUCACUGGGAGAGGUAUACGACUUUGGCAGCAUCAUGCAUUACGCAAGGAAUACAUUUUCCAGAGGCAUCUUCUUAGACACAAUCUUGCCCCGUUAUGAUGUCAAUGGAGUCAGGCCGUCUAUUGGGCAGAGGACCAAGCUCAGUAAAGGAGACAUUGCACAGGCCUGCAAACUCUACAAAUGCGCAAAAUGUGGGGAAAGUCUGCAGGACAGUUCCGGAAACUUCUCUUCCCCUGGUUUCCCUAACGGAUACUCGGCAUACACCCACUGUGUCUGGAGGAUUUCUGUCACUCCUGGAGAAAAGGUACUCAAUAUGUGGAUGCAUUAGCUCCAUAAGGGCAUGAUCAGCUGGUUUGCCCUGGUGCAGGUAAAUGACAGUUUGGGGGUUUUUUGCACUUUUGCAGGGCGUUUUUGUGGAGACACACUUCCAGCUCAGAUUAUCUCGACCGACAGCCGACUGUGGAUUGAAUUCAGGAGCAGCAGCAGCUGGGUUGGCAAAGGAUUUUCAGCUAUUUAUGAAGCCAUCUGUGGAGGAGAGGUGAAGCGGGAGAGCGGCCAGAUCCAGUCGCCUAAUUAUCCUGAUGAAUACCAGUCCAACAAAGAGUGUGUGUGGAAAAUCACAGUGGCAGAGGGGUUUAAUGUUGGCCUCUCCUUUCAGUCAUUUGAGAUUGAGAAACACGACAGUUGUGCCUACGACUACGUGGAAGUGAGAGACGGCGCUUCAGAGAGCAGCCCGCUGCUCGGACGUUUCUGCGGGUACGACAAACCAGACGACAUCAAAAGCACCUCCAACCAGCUCUGGCUCAAGUUUGCUUCUGACGGAUCGGUCAACAAAGCUGGGUUUGCGGCCAACUUUUUUAAAGAGAUGGAUGAGUGCUCCAGACCUGACAAUGGUAAUUGCGAGCAGCGCUGUCUGAACACACUGGGUAGCUACAGAUGUGCUUGUGACCCGGGGUAUGAGCUGGCAGCUGACAAACACACCUGUGAGACUGCCUGUGGUGGAUUCAUCACCAUGCUGAAUGGCUCCAUCAUCACCCCCGGCUGGCCCAAAGAAUACCCACCCAACAAGAACUGUGUCUGGCAGCUAGUGGCACCCAUUCAGUAUCGCAUCACCCUGGUGUUUGAUGUGUUUGAAACCGAAGGGAAUGAUGUGUGUAAAUAUGACUUUGUGGAAGUGCGCAGUGGGUUGAGCUCAGACUCAAAGCUUCAUGGCAAAUUCUGUGGAGCAGAGAAACCAGAGGUCAUCACCUCCCAGCAGAACAACAUGAGAAUUGAGUUUAAGUCUGAUAACACCGUCUCCAAGAGAGGCUUCAAGGCUCAUUUCUUCUCUGAUAUAGAUGAGUGCUCCAAAGGUAAUGGAGGCUGCCAGCAUGAAUGUGUAAACACCUUCGGGAGCUACAGCUGUCAGUGCCGCAGGGGCUUCAUGCUGCACGACAACAGGCAUGACUGCAAGGAAGCGGGAUGUGAUCAUGUGAUAAACAGUGUGUCCGGCACCAUCGCCAGCCCUAACUGGCCUGACAAAUAUCCCAGCAAGAAGGCUUGCACCUGGUCUCUUUCUACAACCCCAGGCCAUCGAAUCAAACUCAUUUUUAAUGAGGUCGACAUGGAGGCUCAUCUGGAGUGCGCUUAUGAUCAUCUGGAGAUUUAUGACGGAAGAGACAAUCGUGCUGCGACUCUGGGACGCUUUUGUGGCACCAAAAAGCCUUCUCCGGUCAUCUCCAGCGCCAACAAAAUGUUCCUGCGUUUCUUCUCUGACAGCUCUGUGCAGAAGAGAGGGUUUGAGGCUUCGUACAGAGCAGAAUGUGGAGGAAGCUUUAAAGCAGAGGUCAAGACAAAAGAUCUGUACUCCCAUGCCCAGUUUGGAGAUAACAACUACCCUGGAGGCUCUGACUGUUUGUGGGUGGUAACUGCUGAGAAGGGUUACGGUGUCGAGAUCAUCUUCCAAGUGUUUGAAAUUGAAGAGGAGGCUGACUGCGGGUACGAUUAUGUGGAGCUAUAUGACGGCGCUGACACCAAGUCUCCCAGGCUGGGACGAUACUGCGGAUCUGGGGCCCCAGAGGACGUGUACUCAGCUGGAGACUCCAUUGUUCUAAAAUUUCACUCAGAUGACAGCAUCAAUAAAAAAGGCUUUCAUGUACGCUACAUAAGCACAAAGUUCCAGGACACAUUACACGUAAGCAAGUGACUUUCCAAACCUUCCCCAAACCUAAAUGGAGACUUCACCCCUAGCAUUUGGUUGGUCACACCCAUUUCCUGGCAAGGAGUGAAUGCACGGGUUGAUACCACAAACAACAGCCCAAACGCUUUACAUUGACUUCUGUUAGACAGACUGAAGCCAUGCAGAGACAUUACAUCUUCACUCUUCAUCAUCAUAUAGCCCUGUAUCGUAACAGUUUGAAUGAUUUCAUAUAUAAAUAUACAAUCGCACCACUUGUAAUGAGCUGAUUGGAGUUUUAAAAUGUAAAAUGUAUAUAUUGUGAUAAUAGUUUGCCUUUUUAUUUUAAUCAUAAUUUCCACUGUCACUUUUUUCUCUUUGAGGUUGAAACCUUCAUCACUUCUGUUGGAUGUAAUGCAGUUUCAUGUAUUAUAUUACUUGAUAAAUUAACUUAAUAUGUAUGGAAAACAGCAAAACUGUAUUCUUGAAUCAUACCUAAUCACUUAUUUAAGAUUAUAUUCUUAUCUGGCUUUGCUUUAAAUUAGUUUCGUUUUUGAGUUUGUAUGUCAGCCAUCCUCUACAGCUUCUUGUUUUUGCUUCACAGCAGUUACGUUUUUUUUCACCCGAUCAAAAAUGAUUCCUUAAAAUCCUGGACUACUUGCUAAUCGGGAAGUUUUUCCUUUGCUGAACUUGGCAUAAAUGCAUGCAAAUUAUCAUCUGCUGGGUGUGGUUACAGCUGCAUCAUCACUGAUGCUGAGCGUGCGGAGAGGACGCUGAUGUCUUGGACAAAUGUUUGAUUUUUGUUGUGAACAAAGUUCCGUUUAUGAAAGCUGUUGGUGAAUCAACCAACUAACUUUCUUUCCCAAUUUCAAAUUACUGAGAGAUGUGUGUACGUCUGCACCUUGAUGAGCCUUUUCAUGGUUUCCCACCUAUGACUGCAAAGAUGUUUUCACAAGUAACAUCCAGCUUUGUUUGUAGUUUAGUAUGGAAAAUCCUCUGCACACCUGUGCCAUGCCUGACAUCUUUUAAAUCAAAAUCGAUUUCACAUA